AUGCCGGAUCCAUUUGUUAAAGAUAAUUCUGUAUUGCAAUAUUCGUUUGAAAAAUCAAGACCAAUUGAUUUCAAAUUUAAUCAAAUGUCUGAUAUGCACAACAUACGUUCGAGGCAUAACAAGUCAAAUAUUUCAACAGGAUUAGUAUCAAAACCAGCUCAUUUUAUUCUUAGUACAGGUGAUUUUCAAUCGAAUGAAAAAGAUAAUGAUAUACGUUUUGCAAUUCGAAAUAAACAUAAUUGUAUACAGAUCAUUUUUAUGGUCUUUACUGCUAUAUUUUAUCUUCUUCAUACAUUGAGAGCUUAUAUACCAGCAAUAAUGCAAACAAAUUCUCGUAAUGAAAACGAAGAUAAAACUAUGUGCAUAACUUUUUUUUGUUGUCUUUUUUCUUUUCAAGAGUUUUGGUCGAGUCUUGUAAUACGACCUAUUACCCGUGUUUACACAUCAGAUUUACGACCAAAUAUACUUAUUGAAAAUCUUUUAUUUCGUUUGAUAGAAAAUUGGCAGACAUUUUGGUUACUUUAUGUGUUAUCAUUUAUUCCAAGACAUACUAAUUUUGGAUGUCUUUAUCGAAAUCCGAACAUAUUUAAUUCAUGUCUUUGUAUUCUUUUCAUUAUUGCACUUUCUUUUCAAAUUGCUAGUCAAUUGGCUCUAUCAUCGGAAGUAUCUUGUGCAUGUUUAUAUUUUAGUUUAAUUUUUCUUAUUAUAACUUGUCGAAUAAUUGCAGUAAAAUUAUUCAAAUAUGAAAAUCUAUAUAGAUCAACUAGUUUAUCAAUUGAUUUAGCAAUAGUACGUUAUUUUGUUUUGAAUAGUCUUUUUCUCUAUACAAUGUCAAUUGCAUAUACAACAAUGUGUGCUACUGUUGAAUAUAUUGGUAUUUAUCUUGAUUUAAAUGCUACAUUACCAUUAUCUAUUAGUACUUGUACAACAAUUGGUUUCUCGAUUAUGUUAUUUCUUCUUUUUGUUUAUUUUCUUCUUGAUCAAUUUAUUUAUAAAAAUGAAUUUUGGUCAAUAUGGACACCUUAUCUAUUUAUAGCAUUUGCUUUUAUUGGUCCACCAUUACAUCAAUUAUCAUUUCUUGAAACAGAUAUUAUUCAAAAUGAUUUAAAUUAUUAUUUAUAUUUGAUAUUAUGUGGCAUGACUAUAUUAAUGUUAUCUAUAAGAUUGUGUCGACAAAUAUGUUUUACAUGUUGUCGAACGAAAAAGAAAAAACGUAUUAAUUCACAGACUGAACAAGUAACUUCAGGAACACAUAUGAAAUAA